AUGAUUUUUCAAUCUUUUCUACUAGGUAAUCUAGUAUCCUUAUGCAUGAAGAUAAUCAAUUCGGUCGUUGUGGUCGGACUCUAUUAUGGAUUUCUGACCACAUUCUCCAUAGGGCCCUCUUAUCUCUUCCUUCUCCGAACUCAGGUUAUGGAAGAAGGAGAAGAAGGAAUCGAGAAGAAGGUAUCAGCAACAACUGGUUUUAUUAUGGGACAGCUCAUGAUGUUCAUAUCGAUCUAUUAUACGCCCCUGCAUCUAGCAUUGGGUAGACCUCAUACAAUAACUGUCCUAGCUCUACCCUAUCUUUUGUUUCAUUUCUUCUGGAACAAUCACAAACACUUUUUUGAUUAUGGAUCGACUAGCAGAAAUUCAAUGCGUAAUCUCAGCAUUCAAUGUGUAUUCCUGAAUAAUCUCAUUUUUCAAUUAUUCAACUAUUUCAUUUUACCAAGUUCAAUGUUAGCCCGAUUAGUCAACAUUUAUAUGUUUCGAUGCAACAACAAGAUGCUAUUUGUAACAAGUAGUUUUGUUGGUUGGUUAAUUGGUCACAUUUUAUUCAUGAAAUGGGUUGGAUUGGUAUUAGUCUGGAUACAGCAAAAUCAUUCUAUUAGAUCUAAUAAGUACCUUGUGUCAGAAUUGAGAAAUUCUAUGGCUCGAAUCUUUAGUAUUCUCUUCUUUAUUACCUGUGUCUACUAUUUAGGCAGAAUGCCGUCACCUAUUUUUACUAAGAAACUGAACGAAACUCCAGAAACGAAAGAAAGUGAGGAAGAAACAGAUGUAGAAAUAGAAAAAACUUCCGAAACGAAGGAGACUAAACAGGAAGAAGAGGGAUUCACCGAAGAAGAUCCUUCUCCUUCCCUUUUUUCGGAAGAAAAGAAGGAUCCGGACAAAAUAAAAAUGGAUGAAAUGGGAAAGAUCCGAGUGAAUGGAAAGGACAAAACAAAGGAUGAAUUUCACUUGCACUUAAAAGAAGCAUACUAUAAAAAUAACCCAACUUCUUAUUCUGGGAAUCAAGAUAUUUCGAAGUUCGAAAUACUUAAAGAAGAAAAUAAAAACCUAUUCUGGUUUCAAAAACCCCUUCUUUUUCUUCUUUUCGACUAUAAACGUUGGAAUCGUCCAACGCGAUAUAUAAAAAGCAAUCGGUUUGAAAAUGCGGUAAGAAAUGAAAUGUCACAAUAUUUUUUUUAUACAUGUCAAAAUGAUGGAAAACAAAGAAUUUCUUUUACAUAUCCACCUAGUUUAUCCAUUUUCUGGGAAAUGAUAAAAAGAAAGAUUUCUUUGGCUACAACAGAAAAAUUCUUAUAUGAUGAUGAACUAUACAAUUAUUGGAUUUAUACGAACGAACAAAAAAAAAACAGCUUAAGCAAUGAAUUUGCUAAUAGAAUUACAGUUCUAGACAAAGGACUUUUUUAUAUAGAUGUACUCGAUAAAAAAACUAGAUUAUGCAAUGAUAAAACUAAAAAUAAAAUUGAAUAUUUGCAAAAAAAAGAAAUAAAAUUGAUACAUAAAAAAAAUACCAAAAAAGAUAAGAGGAGAUUCGCCCGCCCCCUACAUAUUUGA